AUGGUGGAGGAAUUCACUGAAAUACCCGCGCCGCGGGCCCUCGAUGUCUUGAAAACCUCUGAUGCUUCGUACCUGCUCAUGACCCAAGUUCCAGGUCGUCCAAUCGGCCACUUUCUCAAUAUUAUGACGGAUCAGCAAAUGGAAAACGCCGUAACCGACCUUAAACGCUAUAUCUCCCAACUGCGAGCGAUCCCCAACCAAGUCAGCAAGUUUCAAAUCUGUAACUCACAAGGUGGCGGGAUACUGGACUGGCGCAUCCCCGACAACCAGAGAGAGGAACUACUCUUCGAAACAGAGGCCGACUUUCACAGCUAUCUGACUAGAGUGACGACGGAUGAUACUCGAAGACUCGCGGCCAAGUCUCAUGCCGUUCCCCACGCGAUCGUCUUUACGCAUGGUGAUCUAAAUCCUAGGAACAUCCUCGCUGAGAAUGGAAAGAUCACUGGCAUUGUCGAUUGGGAGAAUGCGGGCUUUUUCCCUGAGUACUGGGAGUAUUGUAAGAUGCAUUACACGGUUCGCAGCUUGAUUCGGUGGCUGGCUGAUGUGGUGGAUCAAGUAUUCGAGGGCUACCGGGACGAGCUGCAUGUGGAGAACAUGCUAUCCGAUUUAACAGGGCCUUUCUAA